GUAAUCUUUACAAAAGCAGACUGCCAUGUCUUUCUUCCGAGGAGCGGCUCAUGGGUUCAAACCCCUGACCUUUCAGUUAGCAACUGAGCGCUUAACCACUGUGCCACCAGGGAUCCUUAAUAAUAUAAUAGUAGUAUUAUACUGUAGUUGGUGGCCUUCUGAGUUUCUUUAUGCCUGUAUUGAAUUUUAGAUAAAAUUCUGCUCAUUAACUUUUUAAUCUCACAGAUAAGUAAAGUGAAUCCUAUCGCAUUUUAUAUUUUGUUAAUGCUCAGAUUUACUGAACUUAAAUAUGGUUAAAAAUUUUUUUUUAGAUUUUUGAAAUAACUUUAGUCUUAUCCAGUUUUCACCUUUAGUACAAUUUUUCAGUCAUUGUCAUGGGAACAUUAUUUAAUUUUCAUUCACAUAAAAUAAAUGCAUCCCACCUAUACAUGCCUGAACUUAAACAGUGACAAAGCAUUAAUUCUGGAGUUUUCACUCUGCUUUUCUUUCUUCUCUCAGCUUGGGUAGAGUGGAUAAACAGUACCAUUUCCUUGCUGUUAAUAGUUUAUUGGUAUUACAUUGAAAUUUUUUAUUUGAUCAGCUCUGUUUUUGAAUACAGUUUAUCAUCUAUAAAAGAAAUAUUAGUGAAUUAUCUUUUUUCCAGAUUAUAUUAAAACCAAGUUAUGCUUUUUUACCUCUUUUUUUUCCUUGAAGAAAAAUAAUUCUUUUGGAAAUUUUUGAAUCACCUAUUUUAUUCUUUUGAUAGUUCUGUAUCUUCUCUUACUCCUUCCCACCUAUCUCUACCAUAGUCUUAUAGUUAGGUGAAGGCAGGAGGAGUACAGUUUUUAAGACUGUUAGAUAUAGUGCUUAUUUUUAAGUAUUAAACUAUAUCAGUUUAUCUUUUCAGAGAGAAUAAGAUUGCUGAAGAGUUUUAUUUCUAAAAUUAUUGGUACAGGUUUUUAAAGUGACUUUUAAAAGAGAAAUUAUCUUUAAAAAAGUAGAGGCACUUAAUAAUACAUAUGUUUAUAACGUAUUAUCAUUGACCUUAUUUGAGUAACUUAGCAUUUUAAAAAUUAUUUUUGAAAGUUCUUGAUAAUUCAUUCUUUUGAUGACAUAUUUUAUUUAAGUUUUAAACUAAUAACUAUUUCAUUAUAAAAAAUUAUAAAUUAGUAUCAAGAAACAACUGAAAGAAGAAAAGGGGCAUAGUUCUUUUAAAGAAUGAUUCUGUGUACUGUAUUGACAAGUUUCAUUUUUCAGUAGUUAAUAUCUGAUUUCUGAGUGGUUCUAUAGUUAUUUGUACAUAAUUUAAUUUUAAAUAAGAAAAAAUGUUCUAAGCUUUUUUCAUUUUAUGAAAGUAUAAAUGAGAAGCAUUUUGAAGCAAAGUUUAAUGUACAAAUGUAGUUUUUUUUCCUAAAAAGAUACAUUUCCAUUUAUAUUUUCCCUUCUUUUGAAUUCACCUCAUAAUACUAUAUAUCGGGAUGAUUUAUUUGUUAUGUCGAUUUAAUUUUUUAGUUAUGUAUCAUCAUAAUCUUUUCCCACAAAGGUUGCAUUGAUUGCAGUAGCAUUUAGAAUACCUUAAACUUUCUUCUUCUUUAGGUGUUGAUUUAUGAGCUACACAAGAUACAUGUAAUUUAAUUUUUAUUUUUCCAGAUGAAUUUAUCAUCAGUCAGAAAGCAGGAUGAUAAUUUAUUUUAUUUUUGAGAGUUUUUUGAAGCAGAUACUUCAUCCUAAUUCACCAUAGCUGUAGGAAAAUGUUUUUGCUGUGUUAGGGCAGCUAACAUUUUAUUCAGCUAAAAACAGAUUCUCGGCAUUUUUCUUCAAAUACAGAUAGAUGUGUUAUAAUUUUAUAUAGUCUGCAGUUUUUUUAAAGUAGAAAUUUUGUUAAUAUCAUUUAUUUAAUUUAAAAAUGUUUAAAUUUAAAAUAUUUUAAUCUUACUCAAAUUCAACCAGUUUGGCUUCAAAUUCAACCAAAGUCAGUAUUUAUCUUUUUCCCUAGUUGGAAUUAAUUUUUUUUUCUGGAAAGGUGAUUUAACAGUUAUUAAUUGCCAGCUAUGUCCAGGCAGUGUUAGAUAAUGAGAAUACAAAGGUGAACAAAAUGCAGUUCCUGCCAUCGAGGACCUUAUUCUAGUCGGUGGCUUGCACUGCUCUUCAUUUUGUACUUGGUGCAGUUACAGAUUCUACCUUGCACUGUAGUUAGUGCUUUAUAUGUGUAUUGACUGGGAGGAUAUAUACAUGCUGAAAGAACAGAUAACUCAAAGUAAAUACUAAUAUGUACAUAUUAAAAGUGAAUAAACAAAAAUAACAUUUUCACCUCAGUAGUCCCUGAUACAUGAUAAUUCAGUUAUUUAAGUAUCUUCUACCAAGUGAUAGCAAACACGUUUGUUGAAUCAUUUCUUAUGACGAGUCUUCAACUUAGUGUUGUGGAGCAAUGGUUGUGUCAUAACUAAAUGUUGUUAAUGCCCGACUCAGUUUAGUUAUGGUAUCAGUGUCAAUCUCAGUGAGGGCUUGAAACUUAAGUUACAGACAAAUAAGCAUUGUAUUAUACAUGGCCUGUUACAAACCAAGUGGCUUUUCUUAAAAAUUUUCAUGGCUGUAUUUCAGAUACUUUAUAAUUAAAAGUUAUACUCACUGUAUCACUCAUAAUAUAAUAUUUUAAACUUCUGUUAUAGAUUUUUAACCAAAAGCACUUUAACCAGAUAAACUGAUUUAAUAAAGAUGUUUCUUAAGAUUAUAAAACCUCUUUACCUUAAUUUCCAUAUUGUAUAAUAUUAUGGUUGUUUGAUUUGUAUUUCUACAGAAAGUAAUUAUGUUCAUCAAGUGCUAGUCACACAUCAGAAAUCAUAGUUGAUGAAAUACUAUCUAAUGCAUGUAUCGAUUAGGACUAAAUACCAGAACUUUCAUUUUGAAGCAAAACAUCAGUGGAAACAUAUGACUGAAAACCCAGAGAUUACCUCUCUAGUGACCCUUCAGCUCUUAACCCUGGUUGGCCAUGAUGAUCAGCUUGAUGGACCAAAAUACAAGUGCACAGUAUCUCUAGACUUCAUCAGAGCUAUUGCAAGGACGGUGAACUUUGACAUAAUAAAAUACUUGUAUGAUUUCUUGUGAAAACAAGCUUCAAAGCCAUAUGGACACUGUGACAAUGACUAAGCCAAGCUGUGUUCAUCCAACUCCUUAGCUGGCCAGGGAGAGGAGUUCUUUGGCUCUAUUGGAUUUGUCCAAACAGGUGCUGGCCCAGCAUGGAAUCUGAUGAAAAUACUCUGAUUGGUCUGGGUGGAUGUGAGCAGAAGACUAUUUACUAGGGACCCUGGAGUAUUUGGAAGCAACGUGUUAAUUAUAAACAGCAGGGUUUGAGCACAAUCUGUUCUACUCUUAAUGAUGUUAUCUUAACACUGAAAUUGCCUGAAACCCAUUUACUUAGAACUACAUUUUGCUCUGUGAACUAUCCCCUGCGCUUUGAACGUGCCAGCAGCCCUUGUUUGUGUGCCCAGUCUUUUCACUUCCUCUCUGCAGGAGCCUCUGCAGUUGCUUGCCAAAGUAGAUUUUCCUAAGGCCACCAUUUUAAAAGAUCAUAGUUGGAAAAUAUAAUAAAUACAAGUUCAUUUUUUAAAAUCCAAGCUUGUAUAUGCUUAUCCUUCCACUCUAAUUUUUUCAAAAAGCAAGGUAGUUUGAUCCGACAUAGAUCAACUUUCCAUCUCUCGACCUACUUGAUAACUACAGUGUGCUUGUGUGAGGUUUAUCUGGUCACUCUUUCAUUAACUACCCAACUUAGCUUUUUAUCAGCAUGAGGCUUUUUUCCUUUCUUUUUGAAAUAACUUUUAAGAGUUUCACAAUAAAAUUUUUUCCUGUUACAUCACCUGUAAACCUUGGUUCUGAUUUUUCUGUUAUUUUUUUUGAAGAAGUUUUCUGUGAGGAUUUGAAUGCUUGAAAAUUGUUUUGAGCAGAUAUAAAGUGCUUAAUUAUAGAGCCUGGUUUAAAUUUCAAUGGCAUUUUUUUCCUUCAUUCCUUUUUUGAAGAAAAAUUCUCACAAUAGGCAUUCCCAGAUAGAAGGAAAGCCUUUUUAUGUAGUGAUUGUCUGACACUAUCAAGUUCAAAGAAAACAAGUAGUUAUCCACUUGCUUUUAUUUAAAGGUAUGAAUAGGGCAUUGUUUUUUGAUCUAAGUAGAACAAAGUCUUUGACAACUUCAACUUCUUCCAUUUAUCAUGAUGUUUAUUGGUCCAGUUGUGAGAAUUUUCAUUUUCUUUACGUUC